AUGGAAGACUUCGUACCCAAUCUAACUGGAACAGUUAAAAAAACAGUCGGAGAAAGAGAGAAGCUAAACCUUCUUAGAGGGCAAAUGGAUGAGAUGUCUAAUGACUAUGAAACUAUGCGGAAAGCAAGAGAAGAAGCAAAAAGACAGCUAGAUGCUAGAUUCCAAGAUGUCUAUCAAAAAAUUCAGGGAACCAGAGACUAUGUAGCAGAAGAAGGCAGGAGAGUCAAUGAAUUACUAACUCCCCCCCCCCUCCGUGAGCGAACAAAAAAAUUUUGUUCGCUCACGGAGGGGGGUUAAUUUUUUUUUUUUAAAAAAAAAAUUUAUAUAUAAAUUUUAUAAAAAAUAUUUUUUUCGAAAUUUAAAAAAAAAUCCUAAUUUGCAAAAAUUGGGAAGCAAAUAUUAAUUUAAUUUGCAAAAUUUAUGUUUUAAAAAGCAAUUUGUUUAAAAUUAAACAGAAUUAGCUCUAGAUUUCAUUAUACUAAUUAUCACUUAUAUAUCAAAAUUUUUUUCCAUUAAAAUUUUUUCUAUUAAAAAAAUUUUUGUUCACUCACGGAGGGUGGGUUUUUGGUCAAAAAAUGGCGAUUUUUCUAAUGGUUUUGUUCGCUCACGGAGGGGGGGGGGGGGGAGUAAAAAAUUUUCAAAAUAAUUUCCAAGAGGAGCUUAAAGUUCUUAAAGAAUUCACAAUAAAAAGCUUUGAAGAAGAAAAAGCAUUAAGAGAAAAGCAAGAUGAAAUUGACAACAAAAGAAUGGAUGGGCUAGAGAAAAUGAUUGAAGAUGAACGACAGGAGAGAUUAAAACAAACUGAAGAUUUAUUAAAGCCUAUCCGAACUGGGCUUGAAAAUUUAGAAACUGCUUUUGAAACAGAAAGAACAACAAGAAUUGAAAGAGAAACUGAAAUCCUGGACAAACUUGCUGAAGAGUCUCAACAAAUGAAUGAAAGAAUGGACCAAGAGAGGGCUGAUCGCAUUAAAAGGCUUCAAGAUUUAAGAGAUUCUUUAUAUAAUGACAUAAACACCCAAAAUUCCCAUAUUGAGAAAUUCCAACAAAAUUCACUUGUGGCUUUAACAGAUAUGAAAAAUGGUGCGGAAGAAGAAAUGAGAAGCAGAUUGGACCAUCAAGAUGACAUUCUUGACAAUUUAAGCAAUUUUAUAAAGACGUUCCAAGAUACUCUCAAAAUUAUUGGAAAAGAUGUCUAA